GCACUUGAACUUGGAAUCUUAUAACUUGAAGAACUGCCCUGGAGAAAAGAAGAAACAUAAUAAAUGGGAAAUUAUAAAUCUAGACCAACCCAAACUUGUACUGAUGAAUGGAAGAAAAAAGUCAGUGAAUCAUAUGUUAUCACAAUAGAAAGAUUAGAAGAUGACCUGCAGAUCAAGGAAAAAGAACUGACAGAACUAAGGCAUAUAUUUAGCUCUGAUGAAGCCUUCAGUAAAGUCAAUUUAAAUUACCGCACUGAAAAUGGGCUGUCUCUACUUCAUUUAUGUUGCAUUUGUGGAGGCAACAAAUCACAUAUUCGAACUCUUAUGUUAAAAGGGCUCCGCCCAUCUCGACUGUCAAGAAAUGGAUUUACAGCCUUGCAUUUGGCAGUUUACAAGGAUAAUGCAGAAUUGAUCACUUCUCUGCUUCACAGUGGAGCUGAUAUACAGCAGGUUGGAUAUGGUGGCCUCACUGCCCUCCAUAUUGCUACAAUAGCUGGCCACCCAGAGGCUGCUGAAGUGCUGUUGCAACAUGGAGCUAAUGUCAAUAUUCAAGAUGCAGUUUUUUUCACUCCAUUGCACAUUGCAGCCUACUAUGGGCAUGAACAGGUAACUCGCCUUCUUUUGAAAUUUGGUGCUGAUGUAAAUGUAAGUGGUGAAGUUGGAGAUAGACCUCUCCACCUAGCAUCCGCAAAAGGAUUCUUGAAUAUUGCAAAACUCUUGAUGGAAGAAGGCAGCAAAGCAGAUGUGAAUGCUCAAGAUAAUGAAGACCAUGUCCCGCUCCAUUUCUGUUCUCGAUUUGGACACCAUGAUAUAGUUAAGUAUCUGCUGCAAAGUGAUUUGGAAGUUCAACCUCAUGCUGUUAAUAUCUAUGGAGAUACUCCCUUGCACCUGGCAUGCUACAAUGGCAAAUUUGAAGUUGCCAAGGAAAUCAUCCAAAUAUCAGGAACAGAAAGUCUGACUAAGGAAAACAUCUUCAGUGAAACAGCUUUUCAUAGUGCUUGUACCUAUGGCAAGAGAAUUGACCUAGUCAAAUUUCUUCUUGAUCAGAAUGUCAUAAACAUCAACCACCAAGGAAGGGAUGGGCACACUGGAUUACACUCUGCUUGCUACCACGGUCACAUUCGCCUGGUUCAGUUCUUACUGGAUAAUGGAGCUGAUAUGAAUCUAGUGGCUUGUGAUCCCAGCAGGUCUAGUGGUGAAAAAGAUGAGCAGACAUGUUUGAUGUGGGCUUAUGAAAAAGGACUCCAGGAUGGGCAUUUCUGCCCACCCGGAUGGCUUUCUUCAACCCUCAGAGCCUCGGAGCCUUCUGCAUCUAGCCAGCAAAUGGGAAGAGUAGAGAAGGCUCACCUGUUUCUUAAGGCACAGAUCUGGAGGUUACUUCACUUUUGCUCAUAUUGCCUUCAUGAAAAUAUGUCACAAAGCCACAGUUGGAUGCAAGGGAAUGAUGCCAUUGUCACACUCCUGAAGCAUUAUAAGAGACCGCAAGAUGAAUUGCUCUGUAAUGAAUAUUCUCAGCCUGGAGGAGAUGGCUCCUAUGUGUCUGUUCCAUCCCCCUUGGGGAAGAUUAAAAGCAUGACAAAAGAGAAGGCAGAUAUUCUCCUCCUGAGAGCAGGAUUGCCUUCACAUUUCCAUCUUCAGCUCUCAGAAAUUGAGUUCCAUGAGAUUAUCGGCUCAGGUUCUUUUGGGAAAGUAUAUAAAGGACGAUGCAGAAAUAAAAUAGUGGCUAUAAAACGUUAUCGAGCCAAUACCUACUGCUCCAAGUCAGAUGUGGAUAUGUUUUGCCGAGAGGUGUCCAUUCUCUGCCAGCUCAAUCAUCCCUGUGUAAUUCAGUUUGUGGGCGCUUGCUUGAAUGAUCCCAGCCAGUUUGCCAUUGUCACUCAAUACAUAUCAGGGGGUUCUCUGUUCUCCCUCCUUCAUGAGCAGAAAAGGAUUCUUGAUUUGCAGUCUAAAUUAAUUAUUGCAGUAGAUGUUGCCAAAGGCAUGGAGUACCUUCACAACCUGACACAGCCAAUUAUACAUCGUGACUUGAACAGUCACAAUAUUCUUCUCUAUGAGGACGGGCAUGCUGUGGUGGCAGAUUUUGGAGAAUCAAGAUUUCUACAGUCUCUGGAUGAAGACAACAUGACAAAACAACCUGGGAACCUCCGUUGGAUGGCUCCUGAGGUGUUCACGCAGUGCACUCGGUACACCAUCAAAGCAGACGUCUUCAGCUACGCUCUGUGUCUGUGGGAAAUUCUCACUGGCGAAAUUCCAUUCGCUCAUCUCAAGCCAGCGGCUGCGGCAGCAGACAUGGCUUACCACCACAUCAGACCUCCCAUUGGCUAUUCCAUUCCCAAGCCUGUAUCAUCUCUGCUGAUACGAGGGUGGAACGCAUGUCCUGAAGGAAGACCUGAGUUUUCUGAAGUUGUCACAAAGUUAGAAGAGUGUCUCUGCAACAUUGAGCUGAUGUCUCCUGCAUCAAGUAACAGCAGUGGGUCUCUCUCACCUUCUUCUUCUUCUGAUUGCCUGGUAAGCCGGGGAGGACCUGGCCGGAGUCAUGUGGCAGCUUUAAGAAGUCGUUUCGAAUUGGAGUAUGCUCUAAAUGCAAGGUCCUAUGCUGCUUUGUCCCAAAGGUGCAAGUUUCUCUUAACAACGUGGCAUUCCCUAAGGAUUUGCUGUGAGGGUGCAUUCAAGGCCCCAGUGUGGGAUGUUCAACUCCCUGUGCCCAUAUGGAGAACAAGGAAAUUCUAUCAAGCCACAAUUCCAAAGGCUGCUGGACAAGAUUCCUCUCAAGGUCUGUCUUUGGAGGAGAUGAAAAGAAGUCUUCAAUACUCACCCAUUGACAAAUAUGGCUAUGUAUCUGAUCCCAUGAGCCCUAUGCAUUUUCAUUUUUGCCGAAAUGGUAGCAGCUUUGAGGACAGCAGCUGACAGCAUUCGGUGCAUACCUAAGGAGAGUUUUUUCCCCUAACUGACAGCAACAAUUCCAACCACGGCAAGCUGGCUUCCAACUAUAACAUUUUAUUCUCAAAGGUCUCCUUAUAUUGGAAUGGUUUUUACUGGUCCUAUUUAAUUCCCCACUAUUAGCAGGCUUUGGAUUUGUGCCUAAGGAAUAAUACGCAAAAGAACCAAGACAGAAUGUAUAUGAAGAAUUGUUUUUAAUUUUGUAAAUUAAAAAAAAAAAUUAGAUCAUUACUUGGAGAUGGAGCCUAAGUCUGUGGUGGACAGAUAAUAAUUAUGUUUUCCAGGGCUGAAUUAUGUAGACUUGUGUUUGACAGCUAUGGGUUUGAUUUCUUAGAACAUUGUUCAUUUUCUUUUCUCAUUAUGUUACUUCUAGUGUUCACCUCUGUGAUUAAAGAUUCUUUGGUGAAAUAGAA